AUGGUAUUCAUUUCGUGGUUGAAUAAAAAAAUUGAUGGAAUUAUUGAUCAAACACAGUUACAUUUAAAUUUUGAAAAAGAAGGCAAUUAUGAUUAUUUUAUAAAAAAUAUUCAAUCAUCAAUAAACGGUGCUAAUCUUCAAUCAUUAAAAUUACAAAAAGCCAAUGAAAUAAAACAUUUUUUUUCUAUCUAUUCUCUUAGUUCAUUGAUUCAACUUCGUUUAUUAUCAUUAAAUUUUAUGUAUUCUUCUAAUGACAAUUCAUUUAAAUUUUGGAAUCAACUUUCAUCUUUAAAAUAUUUACGAUCAUUGAAAAUUAUAUUUUUGCCCAAUGAUUCUGAUAGUGUCAUUGAAGAAAGAGAAUUUAUUAUUCUUUCGAUAUUUAAUCAAGAUUUUUGUCCUUUACUCACUUGUUUUAUCAUCGAUACUUAUGGCACGAGCAGAUUGAAAGCUAAAAUUCCUUCAUUAAUAAAAACAACUAAAAUAACCAAUAUAAAAUAUUUCUCGAUUGACUGUUGGACUUUUAGUGAUUUGAUUAAAUUACUUUCUGGAUUACAAAAUAUUAAAUCAUUUUGUACGCAGCACGAGUUAUCUUAUGAUGAGGAAUUUAAUGAAUAUCAUAAAAUGACAAUUGCAAUGCCAUUGAUGCUUAAGUGCAUUAAGUUGAAUCUGUCGUUAUCAGACGAUAUAACUUUUGAACACG